GUGGUCAUGGCGCGCACGAAGCAGACGGCGCGGAAGUCGACGGGCGGCAAGGCGCCCCGCAAGCAGCUGGCCACCAAGGCUGCCCGCAAGAGCGCGCCGGCCACGGGCGGCGUCAAGAAGCCGCACCGCUAUCGGCCCGGCACGGUGGCGCUGCGCGAGAUCCGGCGCUACCAGAAGUCCACGGAGCUGCUGAUCCGCAAGCUGCCCUUCCAGCGCCUGGUGCGCGAGAUCGCGCAGGACUUCAAGACCGACCUGCGCUUCCAGAGCUCGGCCGUCAUGGCGCUGCAGGAGGCCAGCGAGGCCUACCUGGUGGGGCUCUUCGAGGACACCAACCUGUGCGCCAUCCACGCCAAACGCGUCACCAUCAUGCCCAAGGACAUCCAACUGGCCCGCCGCAUCCGCGGGGAGCGCGCCUGAGCUCCCUGCCGUAACCCACGCAGAACCAAAGGCUCUUUUAAGAGCCACUACAUAGUCAAUUAAAAGAGUUGUUGCACUCUCUUAAACACGGAUUUAGAACUUGAGGGAGGAGGGAACCUUCAUAGUUUUGGGGAUGACUAUAGCAGGAACCCUGAGGUUUUAAAGCAGCUGUUCCAUGUUUUGCAGACUAGGCUGUUAAAGUUUGCUUACUGUUACAUUAGGGUUCAGUAGUAAAAUUUUCACUGAGUCCGAGAGAUUUUAAUUAUUCUAGAGCCAGGAUUUUUAAUAGCAUUGUUUUUAGCACGGGAUAACUGCAGUCACAAUCGUUUAUUUAAUCGCCCCUCCUCCCUUAAGCUUAUGUCGUCAGGUGCACUCGCAGGGAUGUAGACUAUUCUACUUUAGACUCUGCUUACCCCACUUAA